AAACAAGAAAAAAGCCAGCCUGUAAACUCCCCAAGCCGAAGUUCUGGGGCUCCGAAGCAGCGAAGCUGCGUGACAACAGCACGGGGGCUGCACGCAGGUGCUGAGGCCUCGCUGCAGGAUGCAGCCGCAGCUCGAGCGACCAGAUCUCUCUUUUGACAGAACUGUUCACUGCAGCUCCGCAAAGCACAACAAACCCACACGCAGCCGCCUUCCGCUGGGCCCCGCGCCACCGCCUCCGCCUGCCGCCCCGCCUUCCCGCUUCCUCAAUCAAGCGCCGAGCGGCGGAUCGCGGUGGGGACCGAUCCUCUCGGCGUUACCGUUACCGCCUCCCACUCCUCCCAUCGGAGUUGAACCCGACUGCCCGCACCCCGGCGGGAGAGGUGGGGCGUCCCAGGUCUCUCUGUCGCCCGGCUCUUCCGGCGGAGGCGGCUGGUCGGGCGCCCGGCGUUCCGUACUCGUAUCGCACCGUGAGCAGCGAGAGGCUAUGGAGCGCGUCUUUACGCCGCUGGACUGUCUCCUGCCCGCCGGAAAGUUGAAGUUUUGCCUUCUGAUUCUGAACCAGCCUUUCGACAGAAGUCGUUUUCAUUGCCUGUGGAGCAAAGCUGCACUGAGAGCUUGUGCUGAUGGAGGUGCUAAUCGUCUAUACCACGUCACAGAAGGAAAUCAGGACAGCUUCUUGCCUGAUUACAUCAGUGGUGACUUCGACUCCAUCCUGCCUGAAGUCAAGGCUUACUACAAGGUUAAGGGAUGUGAGUUAAUUGAGACCAUGGAUCAAGAUUUAACAGACUUCACCAAGUGCCUUCAGAUACUCCAGAAAAAGAUAGAAGAGAAGGGCCUCCAGAUUGAUUUGAUUGUGACUUUGGGUGGACUUGGAGGACGCUUUGACCAAACAAUGGCAUCAGUGGAAACACUUUUUCAUGCAACAAAUAUCACCCCUUUUCCAGUGAUAGUUAUCCAGGAGAGCUCGCUGAUUUAUUUGCUUCAACCAGGCAAACACAAGCUGCAGGUGGACACAGGACUGGAAGGUUCCUGGUGCGGCCUCAUCCCAAUUGGGAGCUCCUGUGACAAUGUUACCACGACUGGUCUCAGGUGGAACCUUGGUGACACGUGUUGUGGAUGGCAGGAAGGCUGUGAAUGUAAUCUACCUAGACUGUAGUAAAGCCUUUGACUGUGUCCCAAAGUAUUCUCUGUGGAAGAUGGCAGUCCAUGGCUUGGACAGGUGUACUUUUCACUUGGUAAACAACUGUCUGGAUGGACAGGGACAGAGAGCGGUGGUGAAUGGAGUUAAAUCCAGACGGUGACCAGUCGCUAGCGAUGUUCCUCAGGAAUCGGGAAAGGUAAAUAUCUUUAAUGAUGAUCUUGAUUAGGGGAUUGAACGAACCCUCAGUAAGUCUGGAGAGAACACCAAGCCGAGAGAAGUGUUGAUCUGCCUUGAGAGUAGCCAGAUUGGAAGGAUCCUUGGGAAGGAUCUGGAUAGGCUGGAUUGAUGGGCUGAGGCCAACUCUGUGAGCUUUAACAGGAUCAAGUGGUGGGUGCUGCACUUUGGUCAAAUAACUCCAUGCAUCACUGGAGGCUUUGGACAGAGUGGCUGGCAAACUGGACAGAGGAAAAAGUUCUGGGGUUGUUAGUUGACAGCUUGCUGAACGUGCAGUGUGCUCAGGUGGCCAAAAAGACCAAUGGAAUCCUGGCUUGUAUCAGAUACAGUGUAGUCAGCAGGAUUAGGGAGGUGAUUGUACCUCUGUAUUAGCCACUGGUGAGGCUUCGCGUCAAGGACUGUGUUCAGUUUUGGGCCCCUCACUGCGAGAAGGACACUGAGGCCCUGAAGUGUGUCCAGAGAAGGGCAGUGAAGCAGGUGAAGAGUCUGGAGCACAGAUCUUAUGAGGAGCAGCUGAGAGAACUGGGGUGUUAAGUCCAGAGAAGAGAGAGCUCAGGAGAGACUUUGUUGCUCUCUACAAUUACUUGAAAAGAGGUUGUUAGUGUGGUUGGGGCUGGCCUCUUUUCCCAGGUAACUAGCAAUAGAGCUAGAGGUAAUAGCUUCAAGUUGCACCAGGGGUGGUUCAGGUUACAUAUUAGGAAAAAUUUCUUCUCUGAAAGUGUGAUUAGUUAUUAGAUCAGGCUGUCAAGGGAGGUGGUUGAGUCACCACCAUCCCUGGAGGUUUUCAGGAAAAGGGUAGAUGUGGCACUGAGUGACAUGCUUCAGUAGUCAUGGUGUUGAUGAGGUGAUGGUUGGAAUAGAUGAUCUUACUGGCUUUUCCCAGCCUUAAUGAUUCUAUUAUUUAUUUCUCUACAUUAUCAUCACAUAAAAACAAAGGUAAUCAGACUUUCAAUCAAGCUUUUUAAUGUUUAACACAGAUCUGAGUGUAUCUAGAUUGCUGUGCUGAUUAAAAUAUGCAAAUCCUGUAGUGUAGUCAAACAAUAUCUAAACUACAGGUGCAUUCAUGAGAUUUCAUAGUCUCUGAAUAGAGAAAGACAAGGAUAAAUACCUAAGACAGAAGCUGUAUUGCAAGUUGCAAGUAGGAUACCAAAACUCUCAUUGGCUGCAUUAGAUAAACAUGAAAAUUAUUUGUUCUGUCAGCUGAGAAACAAAUGCACUUGAUUUCUUUAUUGUACUUUUAAUACAGUGGAAUUAAGUAUUUUUUUGUGUGUCUGUGAGGAUGCAGCAUGCAUUUUGCAUGUUUGUCUUAGUUAAUACAAGCAAAACAUUCAUUUAUUUUAGCUCUCAUCUUAUAGAGAUGAGAAAGUUUUUUUUUAUCCACACUUGCUAUUGUGCAGUACAUUUUCAGAACAAAUUAUAAACAUAUUCUUUCCACUCCCAUAAGGACAUACAUCUUUUCUCUAUUAAAAUCUGACUUACAGCACAGGAAUCAGAUAAUGCUUUGUCUGAUUUGACUCACCUGGCUGCUUGCUGACGAAAGCUCCCAUAUCUAAUAAAUAAAGAAAAAUCCAGUCAUGCCAGAAUUACCCACCAUUUGUCAUUAGGUCCACAGAGGUGCUUUCACAGAAUUUGAAUGAGGGUAGAAAUCAGCUGCAGUAUUCAUCACAGAAGACAUAUGAGGGCAAUGGUAAACUUUUCUAAGAAAUGGUUCCUUUUCUAGGAAAUUACUGCAGAAUAUGAUUUUGCCUGAUAAUUUAUGCUUCAUGACUAAGGCAUUUGUUAUGCUGUGCAUCAUACCUAUACUGGAAAGAUAUAGAUGUGUAUAUAUAUGUGUGUGUUUGUAUGCAGUAUGUGUGUGCUUUCCAGAUAAUUUUCAUGCAAAUUGAUUUUGUUAGGCAGAAAGUGAAAUUGAUGUAAAAAUAUUGCCAUCACAAGACUGCUACUGUCUUUUCGCUUCAAAAAGCAAUAACAAUAGCAACAGGAGCAAGACCUUCCUCUGCCUGUACAUCUGCUGACUGCAGACUUCACAGGUGGAAAAACAAGAUCCCAAAUCUUUCUGACACUGUUUACAUUGUUAAAGUAAAUUCUUUGCUGUUUUUUUCACUUCAGUGGGUUUUUGUUGACGUUGGGAGUUGCAAAUGGGACUAACAGAUUACAAAAGCCAUGGGAUUUUGUCUGUGUCAUGGCUUUAUGAUUUUUGGUUAUCAGUAUUCCACAUCAUAAUAUCAUGUAGUGCACUGGGAGUUAAGGUGUUAAUGCUCCAGUUCUGGGCACCUGUCCCAGAAGAGAAGAAGAGCUACAUACCCCAGAAGUCUGUUUGCUGUGUUGUUAACAUUUCAGCUCAGGGGGAACAGUUACAAGGCCUCGGUAGGUCAUCAGACCUUCCUUCUUCAUCAGCCUCUCCUCCCUGCUGCUUGUCCCGACUGCACGCAUCGCUUCAGCGUUUACUGUAAGGCUUUCAGACAAUCUUUCUCUCAUUGUAUUUGAUUUAUUAGCUUUAAAUCCAAUUAUAUUGUAUUAUAGUGUGUUAUCAUGCAUUCCGAUACUAUAUUUAGUGUCUCAGCUUCAGAUUGUUUCUGCUGUUUUUAAUUAUUCUGGAGUUCCCAGCUUCCCUUUUCUGGUGGAAUGGAUCUGCGAAAUCCAUCUGCCCUGCUAGUCAUGGAACCGGGCUGAACCAGCCCGUUAAACCAUUCACAGUGUGGUAGGAGAACAUGAAAAAAGUUAGUAACUCCUUGGAAAGAAAAAAACAAAGAAGGAAAGCCAGAGUAAGGGAGCAUUCUGGAAAAUGCCAUAAAUUAAGACAGAGGACAAGUAUCUACGUACCAGUGAAACUAUUUCUGUAAUCACUCCAACCUGUUUGAUAACAGUUUAUAUGGCACACUUUACUACACUUGUGGAAGUACGUACAUUUUCGGUGACAGAGUGAAAAAGUUUCACAGCUGAAUUUCCCACUCUUCCUCUCUGCUUUCCUCUUCCUCUCUCUCUUCUUUUAUUCUUCACUGGUACCAAACUUCCCAGUCUACUAGUGAAUAAAGGGGUAAUUUUUUAUAUUGUAAAAGUAGUUGAACAGAAAUAAUGGGAAAGAUGUGGGGUACCUCAACCGUAACCCAAGGAGCCUGCUGAUUGGUCCAAGGAGCCGCAUCCUAGUAACUGAACCAUAAUUGAAUCUGGAAUACUUCUCCAAACUACACUGGGGUCAGAAGCACAUUGUGAGUAAGACAUAUAGCCUUCAUCCCCACAACCACCAGGACGACCACCAGCAGGCACCGCAUGUGCAUAGAAGCAAUAGUUAGGGGUGGAGUUUGGAGUGUAGAAAGGGCGUGGAAUACUGUCAUGAAUCUCUUGAAGUAGUUGUAAUAACCACUACUUUUCUUAGAAAUAUUACAAAUAUGUGUGUAUUCAUUUUAUAAAUACAGAACCUUGCAACGUGCUGGUUAGGAGAGGCUAUCUCCUCCCCGUCCCCCGCACUCAGCAUGUAUGCACAGCACUGAAUAAGCAUGCCUUCUUUAUAACAGCUUCAUGGUAAUAGAGUUUGAUUCUGCAAGUCACUAGAUGGGAUCUAUCUGCAGAGCUUCAGUGAGUCAUUUUUCCCUAAUCACUGCAGUGCUAGGACCCUGGAUAAUCCAGUGACAGAAAUGCUGCUACUGCUCCCAGAGCUUUGGGCAUUUUUGAUCUUUUUCAAGCUGUUUGCCUGCAGUAGGCUGCCUGCCUCCCAGGUCAUUUAUUAUUUAUUACAUGGUGAAGCCCGUUUAAAUGCUUCUACAGCAAAGCAGAUGUUCUGGAGGGGGCAGCCUGGCUUCCCAAUGGAUCAGUGUGAGUCAGCAUAGGCACUACUUAGCACUGCCUGUGAUGAUACCACUUUGUGUACAUUAAAGGAGAGAUGAACAUGGAGUUCAGUGGUGCUUGGCUCCUAAAGCUGGAGGUGCAUGAUUUUCUGGACAGCAGCUGGAAAACUCAGCCAGACUACAUGAAGGAGCUUGAGGUGAGGGUUUGAGAUUUUUCCUGUCAGGUAGGUCCAGAGGGGUAGGUUCCUUACAGGUAGGUAAGAACAUCCUGAAGUGAACUGGUGGCACUUGUUUAGCUGUGUUGCUAUGACACGUUCCAGCUAUGCAAACUGAUUUCUUUAUUAAUAGUAGUGUAACAGCUGAGCUGAGAGAUGAUCAACAGAGCAAAAUACUAUUUUUUUUCCCUUACAUCCCCUCAAUAAUAACUUCGGUUCCUUCUGUUAAUGAAAAUAUGAUCUGGAGAUAUUAAGAAAUCGGUAUUUUGCUUAAGCCCAGUUUUGAUAUAGAUCAUUCUCAACUCUUUGAUUGCAAAAGAUUGGUGAGAAUUCUAAAAUCACUUGAAAAUCAGAAACAACCUGCUGCUACUGAAGGGUAGGAGUUGUAAACACUAAGCACCAUUCUGGAGAAGAGAGAGGUCUUCAGGGAGCUACCAUUUAGACUGAUGUAAAUAUAAAGUCUAUGGAUUUCAGUGCUGGCUCUGAAAUUUUCUCAGUGGGUUUCGAAGCAGAAUUUGUCCAAGAAAGAGACCUUUGAAUUCAUACUGAAGGUGUUUAGUCCGAGAGGAAUUCUCAUCAGUCAACGUGUGGAUAUUGGAAAAUCAUAUCUUUUGAACAAUUGUAAAGGCAAUGCUGAAACAUCGUUUUGCAUUUGAGUGAAAGUCAAUGAAACACUAGCCAGAAUGCAGAUAUUCAUUUGUCAUAUCCCUUGCAAAUAUGCUUUAAUUGUUUUCAUAUUUAAAUGCCCAGAUCCAUAAUCAAUGUGAAUGUCACGCUGCUAGGAGAUUUCCAAACAAAAGGUAGCUCUCUGAGGUGUGUGGCUAUUUUUUGCCAAUUUCCAGUGUUCUCAACAGGAUCACAAAAGAGCUAGAAUCAGGAUGAGGAGAAAUCAGUCAUGUCUGGCUGGAGUCUCCUAAAGUUUUAAAAUAACUUUAAAAAUUGUAUGUGAUGUCACAGUUAACAAACACGUCUCACUCUAAUUCAUAGGAGGGAAAGAAUGUUCUUUUAAUAUAUGUAUACCCAACAGCAAGAUUAAGAUACAGCGGGUCAUAUGUUAGCCCGACCAGUUUAUUACAAAUGCUAGUAGUUUAGGAAGAUGGGGAAGGGAAGACAGGCAGUGGAAAAUAUAGGAAAUAAAAGCAAGUAGUCUUUGGAGAAAGCAAGAGAGAGUCUCUGCCACCAAUUUCAGCACUGCUCAUAGAUCAGAUGUUGAUCUGCAGUAGUGAUGGGUCGUUGGGAGUUUGCUGUUUGGUUGACGAUGACGACUUUCCAGUGGUAGUACCAACUUAUUUAUAGGUCCAGAGUGGUUGAGUCAGUUCCUUUGGAGUGGCAGCUUCUGGUUUUGGGACCUCAGCAAAAACUCCUUUGUUCCCAUUUUCCAGGCCUUGCCAGGAGAUUAGAGGGAGCAGGGAGGUGCCCACCUGCAUCCUGUUUUUCACAGGACACAAUGAUGUCAUUCUCCAAUUCUCCCAUACCAAGCUGGAGUUAUUUGGUCACAGGCCAGAUCUUCUGCCAGUAAACAUUCCUGAGCACUCUCUUCCAGAGGCAAACAGCUCCAAAGAAAUGCUUUCAAAUGUAAAAUUGUCCACAAAGUGAUGUUGUUUGCCACACAGCAACACCCAUCUCUCAUCUCCUAGACAAGUCAGAGUCUUAUUGCAAGAAAUGCCUCAGAAAUCAAGCAUUGAGCCAAAAACAAAAAAGGGCUCAGACAACUCACUGUUUAGAUUCUGAGGGGGUUGUAAGUGUCAGCAGUAAUCUCUCCUUUUCAUUCUUUUUGUUCUGUUUGAAUCUUAGUAGAUACUCCAAUAUGUGAUUGAUCUCUUCUUUCUAGAAACACUGCAGUGAGGGACAUCUUCAGCACUGGUCUAUUCUUAUACCUUAAUCACAAGCAGUGAUUCCCUCUGGUAUGUCUCAAUUCUUCAUUCACUGCUCCUUUUCUAAAUGCUUUCUAUGUUGCUUCUGAAGGGCCCAUGCACCCCUUUUUCUCUCCCUGUUAUUGACAGGGCAUUAGUGGAGAAGAGGAAGAAGUGGAUUUUUCCCUCCUCUUGUAUAAAGCUCUGGAGAGGACGGGUUUCUGGUAGAUGUCAUUACUGACUGUUGUUGUAUACUUACGAAAAGUUAUGUUUUGGCUGUAAGUUAUUUAUGGCAUCCUGAUGUGUAGUUAAUCAACAAGUGACAGCUAAUGUGAUGACUGUGUUCUGAAACUACUACUCUUAAAUGCACAUAUCAAUUACAGAACACUAAGCAAAUCUAUUCUUUCCAGGUGGGUUGGAAAGUAAAAAUGUCUAAUAGAUAAAUGCAUAUCUUGCUUUAGAAGUAACUGUGACUUCUUUGGGGCAGAGUAUGCAUGUGGGGGAAUCAGGGAACAGCAGGAAGGGGAAGAGAAAGUGAAACAGAAGGAAAAAUGGAAUGCAAGGAGAUCACAUUUGGGAUCAAAGAUGAGUAUUGGAGAGAAGAAAGGAAAUACAAGGUCAAAUAGUGGGGAGAAUAAAGAGACUGAGAAAAUAAAGCCAGAGGUGAUUAAAUAGAUGGAUGGCAUAUUCCCUUUUGAAGCUCUGAACUGAUGCCUCAAUUUUGUUGGUGAUGUUAUUUCUCUGCUGUUAGUGGCCCCUCAUUUCCUAUUGCUACUUGGGGCUAACAACCUACAGCUACUGUCAGUAGCCUGCUCAGCUCAAGUGUCCUCAGGAUCUACUGCAGGCUUUGAUCCAGUCGCAAGAGAUGGCGUUAGCCAUUGGAUUUAAAAACAAGAAGGAAAGCUUCCUAUUACUUUGUGAUAUCAGGUCCUCCCAUUCAAGAGUUGUUUGGAGUUUGCCUCCCAACAGGUGGUUUGUGGACAUACACCUCAGGUGUUUUUUUCUCAGUCUGCUUAGGUUCCUGAGGGCUCUACCCUGGUCCAGCAGAGCAGAGAAGGAUGCUCAGAAGUGAACCCUGUGGUUUUAUCUCUAAGACUCAAUUGAUGUUGACAACUGUGAUCAAUUGUGCCAUUGCUCUGGAGCAGCUGAGCACAUGCAGUGGGAUUACGGGUUCUGUUUUAGUGAGCCCCAUGAGGAAGCAAUGUACACACAUUCUCUGCGGCUUAAAUCCAUACAGUAAAUAAGGCCUUGUAAAUAGACAGGGCCCAAAGUCUGCCAGUUCAGAAGAUACUUUUUGCUUAAGAAGUCUGGUCUGCUUGGUUAAUUUGAUCAUAUAAUUAAAGGGUGAAUGCUAAAGAACCUGAAUUAAAAUUUCACAGAGAAAUUUAAAUUCUAACGUCCCAUAACUCUCUGGUCCAUGUCUUCACAACCUUGGCAUUUCUUCAGUCAUCCUCUUUGUCUAUUAUAUCCAGGUGCAAGUGUGUCUAUGGGAUACUAACAGGUGAAUGCGUGUAGCAUGUCUCCAUGGAUCAGCAGAAGUAUUAAUCUAUAUGCAGUAGUUGUGCUUGCUGUGAUUUUUACAUUUUGAAGCUUUCUCCUCUAUUUAAUAAAAUACUGAUAAAACCAAUGAAACAUUUUUAAUAAGUCUGAAUAUUUUUAAUAUAUUUUAAGUAGGUGGUGGUGCAUGUCAUAAAAAAAUAGUAAAUCCACGUAAUUGGGCAUGGAAUUGAAAUCAAGAGAUCCUAUAGUCCAUAUAGAUUUUUCUGUAGCAGUAUCCAUAUACCUAAGCCAUUCUUGAAAACCUAAUUAGAAUUCCUCUUUUCUAAGGUUUCAGUGUUGGAGAUUCCUUCUUAACAGCUUCUCCAUAAAGUCUGAUCCAAUUAGGAUUUUUUUCCUUUCUGUGUUAUACAAAUAUAUUCUGUGAUGAAUAGAUUCUUCUGCUGGUAAGCGUGAGACAGAGUAUUUAUUAUCUAAUUUCAAAUAAGAAACCUCAGAAUUGUACAUUUAGGUUUCCCAAACGCAAAGCAUUGCUCUAUAAUUUACACACACAACAGCAGUACCACUGCAUCACUGCUGAUUGCCAUGCCACUUAAUUAUGCCAUUUUUAAGACUAUUUUCUAGUCAGCUGCUUGAGCAAUUGUACUUCUUGCUUCUUGAUUUAAAGCAAAGGAGUUGGAGAGAAUCAUAUGGUUUGUUUUGCUUGUUAAAAAAAGAAAAAAAAAAGAGAGAGAGAGGAGAAACGAUUAUAGAGAUGUCAGAAGUUUUUCCAUUCUAUAGAGCACUGAUAUAGCUUAAAAAGCACAAUUAUAGAAAGCUUUGAUAUGAUGAAUCUGGAUUAAGAAUCUAAGAACUUAAUGUAGACUUUAAAAUUGUGACAUGAAUGACUCAGUAUUCUUCAAGGUAUUUUCUUACUGUAUUUUGAAAUUGGGUGAUGGUGACUUGAAAUUUAGCAUUCUGGUUUUUAAUAUGUUUUAUAUUUCCUAACAUUAUUUAAUAAUAUUUACAAUAAUUUGCUAUUGUGGAUAGUUGAGUCUAGUCAGUUGAAGCUGAAGCGUGGUCAGUUUUGCAUUUGUUUUACAUAUCAAAUCCUAGUUUUCAUUUCUGUAAAUUUAGCCAACCCCUUCCUUCCCUUGCCUUCCUUCCCUCCUCCCCCCCCACCAAAAAGCAUAUUUUCUUUAUAUUAAAUUAUUUUUAAUGCAUUAAACAGAGUAGCUUUAAUUUUUAACACUGUUCACUAAAACUCAAAUAAGCUAGUUAAGCGUGUCUGCCAUGGAACCCAUUCAUUAUACAGUUUAAGAUGUUUUAGCCUUCAACACCUUGAGUACUAUGUUUUGCUGUGAGGUUCACAGCAUUAAAUAAACUUGGAGCUGGUGGAAUGGGUCUGGAGGAGGCUAUGGGGAUGAUCCAAUGGCUGGAGCACCUCUUCUACAAAGAAAGGCUGAGGGAGUUGGGCUUGUUCAUCCUGGAAAAGUCUCCAGGAAGACCUCUUUGCAGCCUUCCAGUACCUGAAGGGGACUUCAGGUGUCUCUUUGUCACCACAUGUAGUAACAAGUCAAAAGGAAGCAGUUUUAAACUAAAAGAGGGGAGAUUUAAUUUGGAUAUUAGAAGGAAAUUUUUUACAUAUAGGAUGAUGAGGCACUGAAGCAAGCUGCCCAGAGAAGCUGUGGAUGCCCCAUCCCUGGAGUUCUUCAAGGCCAGAUUAGAUGGGGCCCUGGCCAAUCUACUCUAGUGGGGGGUGUCCCUGCCCACAUCAGGGGGUGAGAUGGUCUUUAAGAUCCCAUCCAACCUAAGCCAUUGCAGAGGCCUAUGAACAAGAUGAGUAUCAGGUGAACUUUCUCUUAUGAACAGCUCUGAUAGACAGAAGUAUUUCAAAUGUCUGAAAUAACUGUAAAACCCUCACAAACUCACUUUUUCGUAAUGUACUCCAGUGUACGUUGAAGAAUUAAUAUUUUAUAAAAGCAUUAGAGCUUGAUACCAAGCUUGUGGAAUUAAUGGAAAAAUUACAAACUGACUCUAACUAUGUAUGGUAAUCUGGAAGUGCCUCUGUUUCUUACUUCACUGAACUAGGAGAGUUUAAGCCUCAAAUUUAUCCAAUGAUUGAGCCUCCCUGGUAUUUUCAUACUUGUGGCUCAUUUUGUUAAAUACAAGGGGAUUAUCCAGUGUGUAAAGCUAAACACUUGCAGAAGUACAUAUGUAUACUAAAGUCAAGCUCUGUGGCAGGAGAUAUAACCUUCAUAUAUACUUGAAAUGGCUUUUCUGUACGUAAAAUAAUGUGCCAGAAACUUAAAUCCCAGUAUCCAUGUCUAGGUAUUGGUGCUGGUUCCCAUUUGAAUCUAACACUGCAAAACUCCCUUCUCUAGCUCUGCACAUUUUUAUGUACUACUUAUCACUACAGUGAUUUACAAAAUUCAUCCUGAUUUUGCUGUUGAGUGUCUGGGCAGAAUAUGAAGACAUGAAAAAACAAAUGACUUGCAAAUAUUUCUUGCAUGUGACUUCUUUACUGCAGUUCAGGAGAUGUGGUUUCCUACUGUCAUCUGAAAUCCAGGAAGAAAACCCUAAAUCCAGUGUGGUGUUAGUAGCAUUCCUUUAUUCCUCAUGAUGCACAGCAGGCAACUUGACAGAGUUCUGGUUCUACAUUUAUACAGUUAAGACGUAUAUGUGCAUUUCUUUGGCAUACAUAUUCGCUCUUUUUCAAGGUCUCAUAGAUGUGUAUUAAUGUCCGUUCUGGCAGGCUCAGUGUUAUUCAGGGUGGUUGAGUGCCCACCUACUUCUUCCCCUUUUUUCACCAUCAGCUUCAUCACUAAAGCCUUUGACUUACUAUCAUUCACUUUUCCCCAGUUUGGAACAUUUCCAUUGCUUGUUAGGCCAUAGUGAAUCACUUUUUAAAAACAAUGUAUGUGGAACCUGACGAAAAUGUCCUUGCACAUUUUGAGGCAAAAGAUAAAAGUAUUCUGUUGUGACUCCAGUAAUUCUCAUGAAGCAAAAUCAUUGAGGCAGAAGAUAGAAAGUAUUCUAUCAUGUCACCAAUGCAAAAUCAUUGAGGAAAAACAAGACUGUUCACCCACUAAAGCUGAAAUGGAAAGUUUUAGAACUAUCACUUAUGGAUUCCUUUUGCUAAACCAAUGCAUUGGUUUUAAACUAAUGUUCUAGUCUGUAUUGCUAAGCAAAUCAGCCUAAAUCACUGUCGGAACCCUGCGACAAAUCACUGAUAUGACAGUUCUGGAAGAAAAGGGUUCUGGAUACACACCAGGCUCUUUUAAGCAGUCAUAAGGUUUUCCAUGGAAUUUCUAAAAGCAUUAGAAUAUGGUACGAUGUCUGCAGAGUUGCAUGAGAGCAAGACACCCAGAACUGAGUGAAUCAGCCACACAAUCCAAAUUCAGUGGAUAUGAAUUUGGGUGUUUGUUGGUUUUUUUUUUUUGUUGUUGUUGUUUUUGUUUGUUUGUUUGUUUGUUUUUUCCCUGUGCUAACAGUUACCACUGUUCUUUGGCUUUGUCUGCUAUGCACAGAUUUUCAAUCCAGAUUAAAAUGCAGUCCAGACUGGCCAAUGCAAGGAAUUUGGUGGAGAGUAGGAAAAUUUUCAUCAAUUCAAGGUCUGGAGUGAAACAUUAAUAUCAACACAAGUCUUAGCUGUUUGUAGUAGAAAAAUUAAAUAUCACUCGUUUUUUGUUAAUUGCAAAGUGUUAGUGUGUUUACAUUGUAACAUUCCAGCAGCCUGCAAAUGAAUUUUUGUCAAAUGUAAAUCAACACUGGCGGGCUCUGAGAGACAACUGUGUGUGCUGUGUGUGCAUGUAGAGGUUGUGCUGUUUGCCUGCACUGUGCACUAGGAGGGCAGGCUGAAGGUAAGCACCGUACCACGUGCUUCUUCUGGCUGUCUUUUGUUACACUUAUGCCUGCUUGAGCAUUAGCAUUGUUCUACAACAGAACCGAAGUGUUAAAGCCUUGCUUGGAAUUUUGGGAGCGUUCCUGCUGGCAAUUCAUUUUGCAUUCCUUGGGAAAACAUAGCUGUCAGUGGCUCUUGAGAUUGGCUUGUAUUCCUUUUACUGCUACCAGAAUUACUUGUGUCCCAGCUGAGUGUCUGUCCUCAGAAGAACUUUACUAACUAUUGUGAUUUGUUCUCCAUUUUAUGCCAUUUUCCAACUUGCCAGGGUAACAAUUCCCAUGGUGCUCGUCAGUCUUAGUUUUGCACCAGCACUCCCUGGCUUUCUCUGCCAGUUUUGUGGUGUACAUCCUGUGAUUCGCUUUACAAGAAACCCUUCAGCAGUUACUUAUGAUGAAGAUAGCCUUUAAAAAUAAAACAAAACUGUUACUAGUUACUAUGGCUCAGAGGACUACUCGCUGUCUGAGUGGGCAGCACAGCAGGCUGGAACUAGGGAUGGAACACAUCGUUAGCUCCUACUAGUCAGAUGUGCCUCUUCUCUUGCUGUUUGUCUCAUAUCAGUGAUAUAGAGACUAGCUGUUACUCUGUGCCUAAACAGUGCUCCUCAUCCUGCCUGUAGUCCUGUGCUACUGGAAAAAAGAUGAUUAACUGCAACAGGAAAAUAACUGGUGUUAGAACUGUGGAGAGAGUUGGAUUUUGUCCCCUAGAUCUUUAGAUGAACACCCAUUUUGGUGCAGCAAAGUGGAUAUUAAUGUUUUGUAAGAAAAAAUGAAUGUCACAGUUUGAUCUGGUUUGUGUGACAAGGGGUCAAAUGGACCCAUUAAUCCAUGGCCUGGGGAGAGAAGAGCAGAGGGGAAAAGGGAAAAGGUAGAUAACUGGUCCUGGAUGAAGGAAAAUGGUGGCAACAAGCAAAGGAAGAAAGCUUAGUUUACUAAAUAUAGUAGUGGAAUGUGAGAUAAUGCAAUAUAAUACAAUAGGAUUUGAAUUAAAGCUAAUAAAUAAAGAAAAGAAAGUGAGAGUUUCUGAAACCAAAGCCCUUACUCUGAUUGGAGGCAGAGACCCUAGGAUGGUCCUUGUACAGGGGUGUUGUACAUGUACAAGGGGGACCCCCCCGCACUUCCACUUGAAUUUCACAGAAAUAGAUGAGGAAAGGAGCACUCACUUCAGAGGCGGAGAUUGAGGAGUGGCUUACUAGGAAUAGGUGGGAACUGGGAGAAGCCUGCUAGAAAAGGGACUGGGCUUUCGCUUAUGAUGGCACACUGCAAAGUAGGAAAUUCCUGGAAUUCCAGUCUAAUGAUUUCAGAUAAGAAACCAAACCAACCACCACAAAGGAAGCCAUAUUCAAAAGGGCCUAACUACACACUGCAAAGGUCCAGGAAGGAGUGAAAAGCAAGAAGACAUUCGCAGAAUUAGUUAGCAUAGGACAACCCACUGUCUAGAGUGAGUUAGCAUUUCUUACUUUGCAGAAUCAUGAGUGUGCCUAUUGUGUGGUAUAAAUAUGUCUGCUUAUGAGCCACUGGUUGUGCAGCUGGGGCAGUGCUAGCCCCCUGCACUGAUGUGGCACCUUAAAAACUAAUAAACUACCUUCAUUCAGACUCUCUGUGAGUCUGAAGGAGGUUCUGCAGGUCACUCUAGUUCUGUAGUCAAAGUGGCCAGAAAGCAAAAAAGAGCAAAUCUUGUGACUCCUAGUCCAUUUUAGCUUUCCCUCAAAAUGGAAAACAAACAGAAAAACAAAGUCUUCUGGGAGUUGUAGUUCAUUCUUCAGAUAUGCCAGAACUCAUGGCAUAUAUCAACAGUCCACAGAACUGCAGCAUUAACUCUCUAACUUCUAAUGCACUUCAUGAUAUUAUGAUGUGGGAUACCGAUGAAAAACCAUGAAAUCAUGACAGUGAAACACACAAAUACGCCUCCUUCCACCCUCAGGGAUCCAUACUUCCAUUAAUUCAGCAAAUUAAGUAGGUACUGAAGGUCAAACUGUUUUCUGUCCUCUUUGGUCUAGCUUCUGAACAUUGGAAGUCCUCUGACUUUUAAGCUCAGGAUACUGUGUUUGACAUCUUUGGGCUGAAAAAGGGAAGUGGGAACUCAGAACAAAUUCUGAGUCCAGGACAGAUGCAGCAUAAUUUUAUGGCAGAUAAUCUUGCAAGCGGAGGAGAAGGAGGAGGAAGAGGAGAGUUUCUGUUUUUCUUUUAUAGUCAGAUAUGAGGUGCAACGUAUUUAAAGUCUCAACAGAGAUGAACUACGAGGCUGAGUGUCCAGACGGCUGCACAUUAAGCAAGGUUUCUGAGAUUGCUCUGCUGUUUCCCAACUGCAUUGUCACCAUCAGCACAUAGAUGAGUGGGGUGUAUGGAAGUAAUUAUUUAAUGUACACUGAACCUAAAAAGGGACAGAAAUAUGAGUUAGUACAGUGCUACAAAAUGUAAAGGUAGUUAUGUAGUAGUUACCCUAAACAUUUCCAUCUUUAAAGUGGUUUUGAGAUGUUUAAGUACAGCAGUUACUGCAGGCUGUGAUUAGACAAAUGGUUGCAAUUGGUAAUUGUAACUGACCAGUGACUGAUGAAGGCUUUAUGUGUUUGCCAUUGCAUACCACUUCCUCAACAAGGAAGGGCCCAACACUGUGGUCUGGAAUAAGCACAAAGCUGUCACAGCAGUGGAUUUUACUGUAUAUCAGCAGGCUGUCAGCAAGCUUCUUCUGGCUGCAUUCUGGAACCCACAUACAUUGACAAGGGCUGGAAAGUGCACAUGAAGGGGCUGAGUACUGCUGGGUGACAGCUCUGGGGGAAGAACCAUCCAUCCAUAUUGUUUCUCUUCAUCCUUACAUCACCCUUCAGUGGUUCCUGCCUCUUCUCAACUUUCAGUGUCAGCUGUGCAGCUUCUGCCCCUAGAUCACCGAAGUCUGUGAGACAUUAAUGGUGCAGUGUUUGACAGUCACUGGGCUAACUGUGAUGGAGCCACAUUAUAAGAAACAUUCAGGGCAGAGCGAGUAUAUUUGUGUGGUUGGGAACAAGAUGACAAACAAGUAUUUCGCUAGAAAAACUGAGUGGGAUAAGAGGUGUGUGAAAUCUAAAUAACACCGUAAUUCUAUUUGAUUUAUCACCUCCCAUUUGCUAACUAUUAAUCACAGCGGCAGCAUUUGGUAGUGAGCUUAAAUUAAAGGGAUUUUUAUUGCAGUAGCUUGAGCUUAAUAUCAGCACAUUGUGUACAAUGCAAAAAGUAACCUGGGUAAUUAAAUUACAGGGUAACUCCUCAUUCUCCAUAGAUUGUUCUGUUCUAUUCACUGAGGAAAAAAUGAGUAGGAUAUUACCAAAGACAACUCCCUGAUCACUAGCAACCUUGCUCCCUGCUCUGUUUCUUUUCCAUCACUUCACCUGCCAGUGCCAGAAUCCAGUUGUUCCUUUUCCAAUUACAUUGUAGAGCUAACAAUGAACUCAUGGCUUUUUGCCAUAUGCCUUUCAUUGGGCCUGUGUGAAAGAAGAAAAUGAUGUUCUGUUUUGUUGACCUUUCAUAUGCAAGUGAAAUGGUUGCUCCGUUUCCUUACACACCAAGUGCUGCCUGUCUGCUGUCUGCAUUAACCUUUGUGGAGUACCCCAGUGAGAUGCUAUCUUGGCACCAGCAAUGCAGACACUAGUGUGAUUGACAGGGGAUCCACAGGAGGUGAUAUGCCAACAGCUCAACUAAGGGCAUUCUUCUCCUGCACUGGAGAAAAUGUUUUUUAUGUUCCAGUGCUUAGUUGGUCUGUGAGUGCCACAGUUUGCUUUGCCAAACAGAACUUCAGAACAAGUGGUUUCUAAAUCUGGGGAAGAUAACCAGUUCAGUGUUUUCUCCAUGUGCAUUCCGCAGUUAUACAUUAGUACUGAAAUUGUUUGAAAAUUAAACUGGGAAAAGAAAUUGGGAUCUUUAGAAACAGAACACCAAUUUCAGGACCAUACAGUUUUUAUUGUGUACUAGGUUUUCACCUGUACAUUUUGCCUAAGAUUUGUUUAUUCGUUUAUUUGUAACACCAGUUUAGUGUUCCUUGCUGCCUACUUGCAUAACCAAUUCCACAUCAGUCAGCCACAGUCACUGAGGUAUAUAGCUCCUGGCUGCAUUUGCUCAUAACAGGAAGGUGUUUGCUCCCUCAGAGGGAAGUGGAGAAACAUAAGGAAAUCAUUCACUGUGCUUGUAUAGCACCUGCCAUCAGGAGCUUAAAUGGGUACUUUAUGAAAAAUAAGUGCACUGCCUAAUCUGGAAUACACACUUGUAGUGAGAAAAUGCUGCAUUCCCAUUUUUUUCAUUGAGGAAACUGAGUCACAGAGCAUUUGUCUUAUCUGAGACCACAAGCAAACCUAAUGAAAGGGUAGGAAUCGUAGUAUUCUGGUAUUUGGGUUGUUUUUAUCUUUACAGUACUAAAUUAGGUUAAAAGAAUUUUUUGCUUGUUUUUUGCAUUUGUUUCUUUUUAUUGUUUUUUGUGUGUGUGUAUGUGUGUGCUUAGUAUAGUUGUACAUAGUUAACUAUUUCCGAAGUGUAUCUAGUAAGAUUACAUAAAGAUCCAAUCUUUUGCUCAGAACAUUUGGUCACUUGUUGGUUGUUUUUAAAAUAAACUCAAGCAUUGUAUAUGUUCUCUGCUUUCACAGUCCUUUAACCUUUAGUUAUCAGUGUGAGAGCACAGUGUUUAUAGCCAGGUAACCUGUAAGAUAACUUCAUUUAUAGGACAAUGACUUACUUUGCUAGGGAUUGCUAGAGGGACUUUUUUGCUGCGGAGACUAGCUUUUGAGCAGAUAAGUCUGUACUGGCAAGGGAUCUGGAGUAAAAAAAGGCCAAUCAAAAAGCUCUUUUUAAAGCUUUUUAAAGGCUUUUUUAAGGCUUUUUUAAGGCUUUUUUGAGGCUAGCAUCAGCACUGCGGUUGUUCUGGGAGCUGGCAGCUUGUGGGUGGGCUCCUGAGUCACCAGGAGUGGAUCUGCACGGUUUAAACACCCACCCUCACCUUCGCACCUGAUAAUAAGCCUUAAAUAGCUCCUGAGAGGGAGCUUCCCAACACGAGACACAUCAGGUGAGAAAUCAUUGUUUCUGUUCAUUGAGAAAGGGGAGGUUCAGUGAGCAAGCACAGCCCAUGCUUCCCAUAGGAUGCACAUAUGUGCAUGUGGGAGGUGGGUCCAGUGGUGAGAAUUGUAAGCUCUGGUCCCUCCUUGCUUUCCUUGGCAGUCUCUGAGACCACAGGCUGAAACAUGGUCUCCACUAGACAGUGGGCUUAUUCUAAGAAGACCUUGGCAACCCAGACAGAAAGCUUACUGAGAAAUGUUGCUGUUCAGGCCUCUGGCUGUAGGGAGUGCCUGAGCCUACUUCUGCCCACGGAGAGUGGCAGGGACUUCACCUGUGUGAGGUAUGAGCAGGUGGACGAGCUGCUCAGCCUGGUGGAGCUCAAGGAUGAGGUCAAGAAAAUUAGGACCAUCAGGGAGUGUGAGCAGGAGAUCGACUGGUGGAGUGACUCACUGGCUUACAGAGGGAGGGUCUCCAGGAAAAAAAGCCCAGACAGGUGGUGGACCCCCUACCCUGUCACAGUCAGACAGACCUCACUGAUGAGGUAGGUUGGAAAAGAGUCCUGACUCAGUGUCACAAAAGACACCCCUGCCUGCCUAUCCUGCUUCCACAACUCCCUCUAAGUAACAGGUUCCAGAUGCUGGAAGUUGAAGGGGAGGUGACUGGAGAGGUGAUGGAGGAUCUGCCUAGGGCGAGGCAGUCACCCCCACACCAUGAGCCUGCCUCUGACAGGAAAGAAAGAAGGGUGGUCGUGGUGGGUGACUCCCUUCUCAGAGAAAUGGAAGGCCCCAUAUGCAGACCUGACCCAGACCGUCGGGAAGUGUGCUGCCUUCCUGGGGUUUGGGUCAGGGACAUGUCUCACUCCAAUUUAGAGGAGGGAGAUGAGGUUCUUUAAUAUCUGUAUACCCGGUGUGAGAUUAAGAAACAACGGUUCAUAUGUUGUUGCAUCCAGUUUAUUACUAAAACCUAAUCAGGGAGACGGGGAAGGGAAGGAGGGCGAUAGAAAAGGUGGAAAAGAAGCAGGAGUUACAUAAAGCGGGGAUGGUCACCAGCAGGAUCCAGCAGCGGUCCCGUUGCACGGUGUUUGAAGAUCCCGGGCAGACGCAGCAGAAGACGGGGAGCAGCAGCGUGGCCAGCCUUGGGCAGCAGGCAGGUAGACAAGGAAGUCGAGGAGCCAAUUCUUGAAGCAGCAACAGCGGUCAGGCAGCAGGCUCAGGAGAGUUUGACAGCAUGCAGGAGUCACCUCGAUCUUCCGGAAUCCCUCUCCUUCUUCAGGAGGAGUCUCUUGUCAGAAAACCUCUGUUCUUCUUGAGGAAUCUGUUGUCAGAAAACCUGUUCUUCCUGAGGAGUCUGUUGUCAGAAAACCCUGUUCUUUGUGAGGAAUCUGUUGUCAGAAACCUCCAUUCUUCAUGAGGAAUCUGUAUUAUCAGAAACCUGUUCUUCUUCAUGAGGAGUCUGUUGUCAGAAAACCACCAUUCUUCAUGAGGAGUCUGUUGUCAGAAAAACCUAUCCUCAUGGUUUUCAGUUCCUCUUUUAUCCUCCUUGUUCUCCUGCCUACCUGACAAGGAUGGGCCUCCAGCAAGAGUCAUUGAGUACCCUCUAAGAUGGCCCAUCAUCCUGAGAUAGGUCCACACAAAGGAGCACUUCACAGCUAUUUAGCUGCAGUUCAUGUCGCUCUGGUCGCCCCUGGCCUUGUCCAUCUGCGUUCCCCCAGACAAAGGAUUUCACAACCUUUGCCUAGGGCUUGCCUGGACUUGUCCAUCUGUCUCCUUAAGACAAAGGUUUUCACGGUCCUUGCUCGGGACUUGUCUGGACUUGAACAAGUCCAUCGGUGUUCCCAGCAAACUUUGAGACACAGACGUUGACAGAAUAAUAUCUUACAGAGUAAUAUCUUACACCACCCCGUGACUCAAAGGUUGUUUUAAAAUGGGACACAGAUGAUCCAUGCUGGUGAGAGAAAAAGAUAGCAAGCAUAGGGGUAAAGAAGGGGGGGGGGAGCAGGGGGUAGGGAAUCAGAAGUUUCAUACAGUCAUUACAAGAGAUUCAUUGGGGUUGCUUACAAAUGUUGCCCUGAUCUGCUUGACUUCCCCAUCCACAGAGGAAGUUACAAAGUACAUAGAGGAUACAAUACAUUUUAUAAAACACGGAACCAUACAAUUAGCAGACAUAAGAGUUGCAACAGCACACAAUAUCAAUUUGCCACAGACACAGAAUCACAGAAUCACAGAAUUGUAGGGGUUGGAAGGGACCUCCAGAGAUCAUCGAGUCCAACCCCCCUGCCAAAGCAGGUUCCCUACAGUAGGUCGCACAGGACACCACUCGGUGAUACUUCGGGAGUAGUGACACGAAUGUUACAUAAUGAAUAAAAAGUAGAAAGUGAAAAGAGGCAACCAUACAUUUGGCAAUAACCAAUAACAAAUAAAUAUAACAAACAGAGAUACAACAUUACUACCCACAACAACACAAAACAUAGUACUUUUGCAACCAAAAUACAAAAUGUAAUCAAGAGGUAUAUUCAGUAUUCUAACAUGAUCAAAUUUUCAAUAUUUCUGUUACAAAACAUUAGAGUCCUUUCUGUGUUCAGUCAAGGUCCAUAGGAGUAUUCUGAAAAAAUAAAACAAGACACCGACUUGCCCUUUUUUGGGGGGACUUAGUUAAUAUGGUUAACAAAUGAGGGAACAAUCCAGCAAGUGUUAAUUUUAUAUUCCUUUUUGGGUGUGUCCUUGGCCUUCCAAGGAUAUUUGUUAAUGUAUCCCAUUAAGGUUAGGGAAACCAGCCUCAGGUUAGCUGAGCCAAACACAGGCUGGCCCAGGCAAUAAGUGUUUCUCCUUUGUUGUGAGCUUUCUAAUACAUCCACCCUUCACCGCCCCCCACCCCGCUCACUUGGGGGGGGCGAAGACAUCAGUUUUCUAAUGGCUUGGAUAGCCGUUCAGGUUCCCUGAGAGAGGCCCUAGGACCUGGGGUUUUGCUUUCCUUUCACCUACUUGGGGAGAUUACAAAGAAGUAGCUAAGGUAUGCAGGGAGGAAGUUAGUUAGGAAGGCAAAAGCCCAACUUGAACUCAGGUUGGCCUCUGCAAUAAAAGACAAUAAAAAAUCCUUUUAUAACUAUAUCAACAGCAAAAGAAGAACCAAAGAUAAUUCUCAUCUUAUACUUGAUGCAGCAGGGAAUGUGGUCACUGAGGACAAGGAGAAGGCUGAGGUCCUCAAUGACUUCUUUACAUCUGCCUUUAAUAGCCAGGCCAGUUAUCCUCUGGGCUUUUUAUGCCCUGAUCUGGAAGUCUGGAACGCUGCUCAGAAUAUGCCCCCAGCAAUUCCGGUGGAGACAGUCAGAGAGCUCCUCCUCCAUCUGGACUGUCACAAGUCCAUGGGACCGGAUGGGCUGCACCCUCAGGUGCUGAGGGAGCUGGCGGGGGUGAUUGCUUAGCCCCUCUUGGCCAUCUAUUAGCGCUCCUGGUUAACUGGUGAGGUUCCAGAGGAUUGGAGGCUUGUUGAUGUGACUCCCAUCUUCAAGAAGGGCCAUAAGGAGGAUCCAGGGAACUAUAGGCCUGUUAGCCUGACCUCGGUACCAGGGAAAGUUAUGGAGUAAAUCAUCUUGGAUGAGAUUGCACGGCAUGUGUGCGAUGUCCAGGGGAUCAGGCCCAGCCAGCACGGGUUUGUGAAAGGCAGGUCGUGUUUGACCAACCUCAUCUCCUUCUAUGACUGGGUGACCAGUCUGGUAGAUGAGGGAAGGGCUGUUGAUGCAGUCUACCUAGACUUCAGCAGAGCCUUUGACAUGGUCUCUCACAGGCUUCCUCUGGGGAAACUGGCUGCCCGUGGCCUGGUCAGGCCUACCCUUCUUUGGGUAAGGAACUGGCUGAGGGCUGUGCCCAGCGGGUCGUGGUGAAUGGAGAGAAGUCCGGCUGGCGACCCAUUUCAAGUGGUGUCCCCCAGGGGUCAGUACUGCAGCCCAUCUUGUUUAAUAUCUUUAUUGAUGACCUAGAUGAGUGCACCCUCAGUAAGUUUGCAGAUGACAACAAGCUGGGAGGUGGUGUUGAUCUGCCUGAGGGUAGGGAGGCCCUUCAGAGGGAUUUAGAUAGGUUGGACCGCUGGGCUGAGGUGAAUGGGAUGAGGUUCAACAAGGCCAAGUGUCGGGUCCUGCACUUUGGGCACAACAACCCCAGGCAGCGUUACAGGCUUGGGGAUGAGUGGCUGGAUGAGUGUGAAGAAGAGAAGGACCUGGGGCUGUUGGUUGAUGCUCGGCUGAACAUGAGCCGACAGUGUGCCCAGGUGGCCAAGAGGGCCAAUGGCAUCCUGGCCUGCAUUAGAAAUGGUGUGGCCAGCAGGAGCAGGGAGGUGAUCAUCCCCUGUACUCAGCACUGGUGAGGCCGCACCUUGAGUACUGUGUUCAGUUUUAGGCUCCUCACUGCAGGAAAGAUGUUGAGGUCCUGGAGCGUGUGCAGAGAAGGGCAACAAAACUGGUGAGGGGUCUGGAGCACAGGUCUUAUGAGGAGCAGAUGAGGGAGCUGGCAUUGUUCAGUUUGGAGAAAAGGAGACUCAGGGGAGACCUCACUGCACUCUGCAACUUCCUGAAGGGAGGUUGUAGUGAAGAGGGAUUUGGCCUCUUCUCCCAAGCAACGAGCAGGACACGGGGUAAUGGCCGCAAGUUGUAUCAGAGGAGGUUUAGAUUAGACAUAAGGAAGAACUUUUUCUUUCAGAGAUUGGUCAGGCACUGCAAUGGCUGCCCAGGGAGGUGGUGGAGUCGCCGUCCCUGGCAGUGUUCGAGAGGUGUCUGGACAACGUGCUACGUGACGUGGUUUAGUGCUAGCGGUGGCAGUGGUGACGAGGAGACGAUUGGACUAGAUGGUCUUAUAGUUCAUUUCCAACUUUGUGAUUCUAUGAUUCUAUGACUUUUAGAACUAUGGCCUGUUUUGUUGAAGACUGCUCCCUCAAACAAGCACACUAUGCAGUCCCUGACCAGACUGCUCCAUGUUGCACAGGGCUCAACUCUGGAACUGAGUGCCACAGGAUGCUGAAGGGACCAGAAAUAUAAAUGGAGUCGGGAAAAAAAAAUCCAACAAAAUUGUUGAGGUACAAUACAGUAAACAGAGAAAUACAGUCUGCAUCUCAAGUACCUCUAAGGUAGAGCUAGCUGCCUUUUGAGGAAGGGAGAGGAAAAUAGUGCACUAUAUUGUCUGUCUUUUAAGUCCUUUCAUAAUUUCUCAUUAUUGACCAUUGUCUAGGACUCCUAUCUCCAUGUCCCUCUAGACUGACAGCAUUGGCUGCUUUUUGCUCUUUUGACCCCUCAGGGUUGCCAACCUCUAGAUUGGGCUGACCAGGAUUCCAUCCAACCUGGCUUUCAAUGCCUCCACAGAUUGGGCAUUCACCACCUCUGUGCGCAACGUGUUCCAGUGCCUCAUCAUCCUCUGAGUAAAACAUUUCUUCCUAACAACUAACCUAAAUCUCUCCUCCUUUCAUUUAAAGCCACUCCCCCCUGUCUUGUCACUAUCAGACUGUAUAAAAAAACUGCAAUGAGGUCUCCCUGGAGCUUUCUCUUCUCAAAGCUAACUAGAUUAUCUUUAAGGUCCCCUGCAACCUAAGCCAUUCUAUCAUUCUAAGACUCUUUGUCCUAGCAAGAUAUCAGGUUCUUUCCUACUUUGGACUCCUCUCCCAGACUUUUUUUCCCUCUGUCCAGAUUAGGGAUUCAUCAUUUCAGUUUAAGUCAUUCUUUUUUGGGCAGAGAACUACAGCUAUUCACUCUUCCUCAGAAAGCAUUCCUUGGCCCAGUUGGCUGCCUACACCAUGACAAUAUGUAUGGUGUUUCUCUUUUGGAACAAUCUAGCCUGCCGUAUCUCUGUUUAGCAUCUCUAGCCUCUUUCUGCGAGUGCAGUCUAGGGCUGCUGUAAAAUAAAGCUUUGGAUUGCUUGCAGAGUUGUCUAACUCAGUUGGCAGUCAAGAGUCUGCCUCAGUAUUUUAAUGGGCUUUGACUGAAAGGAUUUCAGAGAACUUCUGCUCCUUUGCUUGAAAACAUGCUUUCUUUGUGCAGGACUUUUAACAACUUCCCCUAAGGAUUAAAUUCACUUUGUGUGGAAGGUUUUGCAGCUACAAGGUAACCUAAGUUUUACUCUGUGGAAGUAGAGGUACAUGAAAGUUCUAUUUGUUAUGCCUUAGGAAAUUGACAUUUUGUUAAUUACUCUUGUCAAGCUGUGAUUACCGACAAGAAGUAGAUUCUUGGCAACUCACCUGGCAAGCAAAAAAUUGACCACUUUCCUCAAACCCUCUUAAAGAAAUAGUAGUUCUCUUCAAAUUCAACCCGUUUGUAACUUUGCUGAAGAACAAACAUUCCCUCAGCUGGCUCAGAGGGAAUGCUUGAGAGCAGAAUGUAGUCAUAAACAAAGCUUAUCUCUAGCCCAUGUUACAAAGCUUAUCUCUAGCCCAUGUUACUUUUUUAGAGUUACAGUUUUUAGGAAAAUCAGUUUUAGGACUUGAAGUACAGAUUAGGUGUUCUAUGGUUACCUGCUUGGCAUGUUGCGUCACCAUCCUGGAAGGUAAAACUACUAAGCUUUCUAAAGGUUGUAACGUCUCCUUGUUUUGCUGCAGAUACACUAUGCUAGCAGCUGCCAGGAGCAUAACAUUGGAGAAUUCUUACUGCAGCUAUUCUACAUCUGUGACUUUUAUGCUACUACAUAACAUUUAUGUACAGAGUGAUACCAGUGGAAAAAGCUGAUGAGUGAAAAAAUCUGUACAUUCGAGUAACAAAAUCCAAUACUGAUGGGAUAAAUACAUUCUGAAAUAAAUGCUGCCUUUGGGGUUUCAUGUGAUGUUGUAAUUUUCAACUUGGGAUAUCAUUCUGUGGACUGUGGUCAGCACACCAGAGGUAUGGCAUGCUAUCCAGAGAGACAUAGAUAGGCUUGAUAAGUCAGCCCAGGUGAACCUCAUGAGGUUCAACAAAUCCACGUGCAAGGUCUUGCACUGUGCUGGUGAGGCCUCACCUGGAGUACUGCAUCCAGAUGUGGAGUCCUCGGUACAGGAGACACAGACCUGUUGAAACACACCCAGAAUAAGGCCACAAAAAUGAUUCAAGGGAUGGAACACCUCUCCUACAAGGACAAGCUGAAAGAGUGUUCAGCCUGAAGAAGAGAAGGCUCCAAGGUGGCCUGAUAGCAGCCUUUCAAUAUCUAAAGGGGAGCUCCAGGAAGGAAGGGACAGACUCUUUAGCAGGGUCUGUGGUGACAGAACAAGAGGAAAUGAUUUCAAGCUUAAAGAGGGUAGUUUUUUAUUAGAUAUAAGGAAAAGUUGUUUACAGUGAAGUUGGUGAGGCACUGGAACAGGUUGCCCAGGGACAUGGUGGAUGCCCCACCCUUGAAGACUUUCAAGGUGAGGCUGGAUCAGGCCCUGGGCAAUCUGAUCUUGCUGUGGAUGCCCCUGUUCAUUGCAGGGGAGUUGGACUAGAUGACCUUUAAACAUCCCUUACAACUGUAUAGCUUUGUGAAGAUUUCUGCUGUGCAGAAGAUAAGUAGUAUGGACAUGAAUCUCUCUUCUCUCUCUCUCUCUCCUUCCUCUUCUUUCAUAUGGGACCAGUGCAGAUAAAAAAUAGAAAAAGAAAAAAGAAAAAGAGAAAAGAAAAAAAAAUGAUGGAAAUUCAUUAUGUGGAUGGGAGACACAUUUGCAAGUGUAAGUGUAGACAGGACUUGAAUAUAUGUGGGAUAAGGGGAUUGGUUUGUCAGAGGUACUUCUUUAGUCAGUAAUCAGCACCAUCUAACUUCAGGAGGGUAACGUUAAAUUUUGUUUUAGUGCUUCAUACCUUUUUUUUUGCUUCCACUCUCUACCUCUGGCAGAAAACUUAAGUCCCUGAACGGAAAUACCAGAUUGUCCCAAAUAACCCAUGCAGCAAUGGCUGAUCUUGAGGAUGUAUGAUCCCUAGUACAAAAGUAGUUCUUCUGAUUCUUUAUUUUGUGCUGCAAGUGUUGUGCCAUCUACACAUGGACUUGCCUGGCCUCCAUGCUCCAGUACACAAAAUUGCUGUUUCCCUCUCCUGUAGAUAUAAGCAAUGGAAAGAUAAACAGCUCAUGAGCUGAAAGUUAGAGAUAUUAAUGAUUGUCAGUCUUGUGUCCUGGAUCAAAAGGCAGAGUAGUGACGGGUCCCUUGAAGCAAGCAGUGGCAAUUCUGUGCUCCCUGCUGAGAAUGAAUCAUGUGAUCUUCCCAUGUUAUAAAUGGAAAAUCUGAUAGGAAUAGAUGGUGCCAAAACUCCUGCAUAUGCUAAUCGAUGGUUCAGCUAAUGUAUGGCAGUAGUAGGAAAUUCUUCAGAAUAAAAAUCAUCCUACUGCUUGAAAGGGUAGUGUUUUCUCUUUGAAAGCAAAAUUUAUUGAAUUACGGUACUUAAUAUUUUAGGUCUUCUGCCUUGUCAGAUGAAGCUUUGCUAGAGCUAGCAGCGGUUGAUUCAAAUAUAUAGCUUCUGCAAUAGUCUGGAGAUGACACUAAAGUCUUCACUGCCGCUAAUCUGGCUGGGGAUGACAAUUAGAGUGAUAACUAUGUGGGAGCUCCAGCGUCUCAGAAGCAAAGCAGAGCAGAUUUUUCUUUGUAGAGAAUUUGUUUCAUGAACAGCCCAAAGCAGUAAAUCAAACACUUCAGUGUUUAACUGAUGCAGGUCACCUGAUACAAUCGCAUGACAUUUUGCAGUAAAGCAAAGCUCAUUAUUAGUAAAAUUGUAUUGCUUUGUACAUUUUAGUUUUGGAAUACAUACAUAUUCAUUACUUUGUCUGCUCUUGAAAGAUUUAGCAGUUGGUUAUUAUAGUUAGAUAAUUACUAAAUACAUCUUGUUAUUCUGCAACUUGAAUGAAAUGCAAACUUGGUGGCCAGCAAGGAAUACUCAGAAAAACUGAUCAGUGCUAAACUGAAAAAUAAUUAGAUAGUGCUGCUUUCUGCAGUGCAUGAUUUCACUCUGGAGUACAUCAAACUGAGAUGGUAUUGCAUUUUGUUCAGCACUGAUUGUGAGAUUUCCUUCAAGGAGUCAAGUAUUGGGAUGGGUUGCCCAGGGCAGUGGAAGAAUCCCCUCCCUGGAGGUGUCUAAGGAAUGUGUGGAUGUGGGCACUGAGGGUCGUGGCUUAGUGAUGAGACUGAUCAGUUCAGAUUGACGGCUGGACUUGGUAAUCUUGAAGGUCUUUACCUCUUUCUGUUUUAAUUUUCCUUGGAAUCAUCAUUAGUAAAUCAGAAGUGCUUCAAUGGCCAUACAGCCAAUCUCUAUGACAGCACCAACAUAAACUCUGCCUUUGCAAUACAGUAGUAUUCAGGGUAGCUCAUUAACUACUGGGAAGACUGCUAAAAGUAAUGUGUCUGUUUUAGUAGAUUGUAGUAGUAGAUUAUAUUUCCUCAUUGCAGAAAAUGAGCCCAUCAGCAUAUUGUUUUUUCCUUCAGCUAGUACUUCUCAGGCACACAGAACAUAACAAGAUUCAGGCCAGCAUGUCAUAGAAUCAUAGAAUCAUAGAACAGCCUGGGUUGAAAAGGACUGUAAUGAUUAUCUAAUUUCAACCCCAAUGGGGGAGGGGUUGUAAGUUUUGCAGUAAAAAAAAAACAACAGCUACAGAGCCAUAGUCCUUGUAGGAAUGGAGAUUUGGAGUAGUCACUGAAAGGAUGGCAUUACACCUGGGUCAUUAGGGGUUUUAAAGACAGGAAUUAAUCAUUUCUGAAAUUAGACCACAUUUCUAGCUAACUGGAACCCUUACUCUCCAAAUGUAGGAACAGGGCCAAAAAGCAUCAAACUGGUCUAGAAGAAGGCAAGUAUAUUUUGAUUUGCAUUGAGUGUGCUGUUCUGGGAAAGAUAGUCAGAGGUAUGCAGAUAUUUUUCAAAGUUUUCUUUUUUCCUCCUCCUAGUUACACUGCCAAUAUUUGGUUUAUCUUAUACUGACGGUUAUUGUUUCAUAGGUUAAACUAGCACUUCUCAUUUUUUUCUUCUUAACUGACACCUUUUUCUUGUUAUGUGUACACACCUUAAAAAAAAGAAAACAAUCUUUAUAAUAAUGAUCUUGAGUAAAGACCCUGAAUCUACAGGGAAGAGUGUUUCUGGUCGCUCUUUUUAAGCAAAUACAGAAACAUGUAAUGAGUUCAGAAUUCCUCAGUUCUCAUCAGAUUUAGCAGAAGCAUGACUGAAGCAUGCCC